AUGGGAGUAGUAUAAACUUGUAUUAAGUAAAAAAACUCUGAUCAUUAGAUCGAGUACAACAUUCCUACAAUUUUAAAAAGAAAACAAAUUAUAAAACACCCACAUAAAUAAAAUACUUUAAUUCCUCCACUUUCAUAGUUGGGUGAAUAUCAUGAAUCACUAGAACAAUUAGAAUUAGCAUUAUAAGAAAAUAAUAUUAAUUUAAGCAUUAAUAAAACAGCUACUUUUAAUAGCAGUAGUGCUAAUCGUUAAUCUAUAUCAUUCAAUCCUAGCUUAAAACUAUCUUUGAAUUCUACAAUUCAAAAUCCAUAAAUAAAUCAUAAUUUAUAAUAUUAAGAGUCUCUAAAGUAAAGAGAUGAAGAAGUAAUGUAAAAGAAAUAAACUUACAAAGAUUCGUAAUUUAAGAUGUGUGCAGAUAAAAAAGCUGAAAAAAAAAAACCUUAUGCUAGAAGUAUAAGUAGCAAUUCUAUAGCCUAAAGAGCUUAAAAUACUAAUAAUGAUGAUUAAUCAAUGUCAUUACAAAGGGACUCUGAAACAAACACUAAAAAAAGUAUUUUAAAAAACAAACAACAAAUUAUCACUAAUUAACUAAAAAGAGGAGUAAGCUUAAGAUAACAAUAAUAAGCAAUCAAUGAUGAUACUCAAUCUCAAAGAACAUCAAAAAGUUAAAAAAGAGUUAAAUUUGAUCCAAAAAUAUUUAGACCCAAAAACACUCAUUUCUUUUAAUGA